AUGGAGCGCGGCCGCCCAGCGAGCGCCCGAGCCGAGCCCGCCGCCGCCGCCGUCCGCGACUCGAGCCCCGGACGUCCCGGGCUGGGGCCGGCGGGCUCCGGCGGGGUCGGCCCGCGCUCGGGGGGAGGCCGGCCGGCCGCGGCGAACGCCGCUCGCGAGCGCAGCCGCGUGCAGACCCUGCGGCACGCCUUCCUGGAGCUGCAGCGCACGCUCCCGUCCGUGCCGCCCGACACCAAGCUGUCCAAGCUGGACGUGCUGCUGCUGGCCACCACCUACAUCGCCCACCUCACCCGCAGCCUGCAGGACGACGCGCAGGCGCCCGGAGACCCCGGGCUGGGCACCUUGCGAGGCGAAGGCUACCUGCACCCGGUCAAGAAAUGGCCCAUGCGAUCAAGAUUAUACAUUGGCGCUACUGCUCAGUUUAUGAAACAGUCUGUCUCCGGAGACAAAGCAAGUCAGAGCAGCAUGUCCACAGACUCCCAGCCUUAA